AGAAAAAGAAGGGAUCUGGCAAAAAGGCAGCAAUGAGCGAUGAGGAAAGGAUUGCUUAUGAAGAACAAAAGCGGCUGGUAGAAGAAGAAAAGAGGAAACAGCAAGAAGACUUUUUAGCUCAGUACUUAAAGUGAUCAUAGCAAAAACUUGUAAGAUCAGAACAAAAUUAUAUUUUUAAAGAGUUUACCAAAAACCAUUUAAAAAGUGAAAAUGGGUAAGAAGAAAGCUAGAAAAGAUUCUACCGAAGGUAUGACAGAGGAGGAGAAAUUAGCCUAUGAAGAAAUGAAAAGAUAUGCUGAGGAGGAAAUGAAAAGAAAAAAAGAGCACCUCCUUAAAAUAUUCAUGAAGGACAAAUUGGCUAAGGAAGAAAAAGCCACUCGCUAUAACCUCAACAAAUUAAACCACCAAUGGAGAAACAUAAUGCGGGAAGCCAAGUCGAAGGAGCUGAAGAAAGACAUCGAGAUACUGAGUCAAACAUUUGAGCGAGUGAUAGACAGGAAGGAUGCAGUUAUCAAGUCCCUGUGUGGUGAUAUUGCUGAGGCAGAAGAACAAUAUGCAAUGGCUCUUAGAAGUCACAUACAAAAUACUGACUUCCUCUUGGACCUUCAGAAAUCUCGUUUGGACACACUAACCAGAGAGUAUUGUUAUGAGCUAGAAAUUAUUUGCGAAGAAUUUGAUCUAGAAAGAGCUAUGUUGCUAGAACAGCACAACAUGGAAAUGAACGACAUUGCAGACAUUUUAUUUGCCAUGGAUCAGACCUUUCAAGAUAGAGAAAAUGAAUCUAUGGCUGAAUUUCAUUCAUUGAGAGAUGAAAUAAAAAACAAGAACCUUGAGGACAAGCAUGUGCUUCGUGUUCAUUUAGAAACAAAAGUUGAAGAUUUGUGGCAGCAGUUCAGGCAAGCUCUCCAAAACUACAAUGAAACUAAUGAAGAAAGAAAAUCAUCUUUUGAACAACUUAAAAUCAAAGAUGAGAAAAGCUCUAGAGAAAUUGAUCAACAAAUGAGGAAACUGCAGAGAAUUUCAGAUCAGAUCAGCCAACUGAGAGCCAAGCUGUCAUCAAAUGCUAAAGAAUCUGAAGAAAAAAACAAGCUGUUGAAAGAGAUAGAGGAUGAUGAAGAAAAUUUUAAUAAAGAGGAAAGGGAAAGAAUGCAACAACUCUUUCAUGACCUGAAGUCCCAGAUGAAUCAAGUGAGGGACAAUGAAAGGGAAAAGUUGACUAAACUAACUCUUGAGAGUAAUGCAGCUAUUAAAGAAAUCAAAAGGCAGAAAGAAAAGGGUGAGUUGAUCCUCAAGUUGGCAGAAAUGUGCAGGAAAUUGGAAACAGAAGAAGAGAAAGUUCUGCCCUUUUAUGCAUCUUCACUUACCCAAGAAGAGCAGGAUGAUGUGGCUGUGGCCAUGGUUGAAUUCCCAUCAACACCUAUGGCUCAGGUCAUGCAUGAAUAUUCAUCAAUGGAGAACUUUUGGAAACGCUACAACAAAGUCCUACUGGACAAGCUGGCCAUGGACAAAGAAAAGCAGACCCUCAUGCAUGAGAACCAGCAGCUGAGGAUGCUGCUCAAGCAGUACCUGGAUGGCAUCUCAGUCAACGAUGAGAUACUGAGCCAAGUGAACCCGCUUUUUGUGGUCAACAACAAGACCAAUGUCAAGUUGAAUGUGCCAGUGAUGGACUCCAGGGUUAGGAGACCAGUGCCACAGACUGUGAUAGAAGCUGCUCAUGCUGUUAAACAUAUCCUCAUGUGAUGGACCAGUUAAACAUAUCCUCAUGUGAUGGACCACCUUGUGCAGGGUCCUUUGACGACCAUUUUAUUUUGAUUGAGAGAACUUGUAUAGGGUCCGUCUAUACAGCCAUUUCAUUUUGAUUGAUUUGUUUAGGGUCUAUUAACACUAUUUUAUUUCGAUUGGUAGAACAUGUGUAGGGUCCAUCUAUACAGCCAUUUUUAGUGAUUUGUUGAGUGUCGACCAACACACUCAUUUCGAUUAAAAGAACUUGUGAAGGGUUUUAUCUACACACCAUUUCAUUUUGAUUGAUUUGUUUAGGAUAUACCUACAAUCCAUUUUAUUCCGUUUGCUUUAUGGGUCUAUCUACACAACCAUUUUAUUUUGAAAAUAUGGCUUUUUUCUGGAGUGAUUAGAUAUUUCCUUUCUGACCCAUGUUUCACUUUUAUGGUAAAUAGAGGAAAACUUUUUAACUUAUAUUGGAAAAAAGAAAAAUAUUUAUAUAAGUUGAGAUACUGUAAUUUUAAAUGGUACAGUCAAAUCUAAAUAAAAUGUUUUCAUACCCUCAGAUAUUUUAUUUUAAAUUUGCUUAAGGCCGACAUGUUAUGAUUCUCCUUUUUUAAAUAUUUAUUUUUCAACAAAAUGAAAAUGUUUUAAACUUUUUGUUUGAAUACCAUAAAUAGAGUGGUAAUUCAAUAAAAUUGAUUGUAUAACAAAGUACAAUAAACUUAAAUAAACAAAAAGGAAUGAGGUAUUA